AAUAAUUAAUUGGAAAUUGCCGCUUACUUGGAUAGUUAUGGUUUCGCAUGGUAACCAAGGCUCAUUUUGUUCAUUUGAGAUCUGGAAAUUGAGUUGUGAUUGUCAAUCGAAGACCAAAUUGAUUAAGGUGAUUAACUAAUUUGUUCACAUUGUUUUAGAGUAGCGACAAUUGUUACUCUCAGAUUGUUUGUUUACAUUUGUUGUCUAUCAAUAGGUUACCAUGUAUGCGAUUUCCAAUCCAACGGUUCCUGAGGAAAUCUCAGUUAAUCAAUUGGAAAUUAAUAUUCGUUUAAAGCAGAGUGAGAUUAAAAUUCUGCAAAAUGAAUUGGAAACACUUUACCAAAUGAUCAAACAAUUAGAGAAUCAAAAAUUGGAGGCCAAGAAAAGGUUGGAUGAUAUGAGUAACCAGGUUGAAUGUCUUAGAACCCAAAUUGAUGAGCUGAAGGAUAAAAUAGAGGUUCAGGAAACUGAACUUAGCACCAAAAAACGUGAAUUGGAUGAACUCAGAUCAGAAGAACAGCAAUUACAAAGCAAAUUAACCGAAGCAAAAAAGACAGUUGAUUCUUUAUCUGGAAAUUUAACCAACAAUCAACUACAAAUUAGUCAGUAUAAAGUGAAACUUGUUCAUCUUGAAGAGUACGAAAAACGCCUGGAGAAUGGUAAUAGCGAAUUAGAAUCCUCCAUAAAUGCCAAGGAUAUCGACAAGUUGAAUGGUAUCAUUGGAGACCAAUAACCGAAUGAAAUUAUCUCAGAAUUUUCUGAAAACAAAGAUGACUUUGAGUCGGGAUCAUUCAUGGACAAAGAUGCCGGUUUCAUGUCACUUGGAAACGAAUUUCAAACUGACCCAUUCGCAGGAGAAGAUCCUUUUAACGAUGAUGAUCCAUUCAAAAAGGAUAAUUUAGCAAGUGACAAUUUCUUUGCAAACGACAAUUUUACUUCACCUCUUGAUGCUUCCGGGAUAAAAUCCUCAGCUUUUGAUUCCGCUUUCAACAAUUCAUCUUUCAACAAUCGCAAUAUUUCGGUGACUGAUCCUUUCGGAGCUGAUCCAUUUUCUAGCAUCCAUGCACCAACCUCACGAUCUGAAAGUCCUGCACCCGAAUUACCACCAAAGAAAAGCAAAGCACCACCACCAAGACCUGCGCCACCUAAACCCGGAAAUAAAGCACCACCUCCAAGACCCGCACCACCAUCGGGAUUGAUUGACCUUGCAGCCGAUCCCUUCAAGAAAUCAGGUGACCCUUGGGGCUCGGCGGUUGAUGACCCAUUCGCAUCCAAUGCCGAUACAACCAAUUCCUCGUCAACCAGUAAUUUUGACGCUUUUGGCUCUAAUAAUUUCGCUGAUUUUGCUAAUUUUGAUCAGGUCGAAAUGCCGAAACCAGUGGAUCCUUAUGCAACCUUAGCAUCAAUUGCAAGAAUGAGCUCAUCAUCAAGACAGGGAACUGAUUUCGGACAAUCAACUGGACAAUCACCGUUUCAUUCACAAUUUGAUGCCUUCAAUUAAAUUGCUGAUCUCAUCUGAACACUUUGACAUCAUUUACCUAAUUGCCAAAUCCUAAAUUUACCACAAAAAGUUACAACAAUUUAUUAUUUUUAACAAAAGUCAAGCCAAUAAUUAUAUUAUUAUUAAUCCUUGUUGAUUGAAAUUAUAUCCAGACAAUUAACUGUAUCAUGUUGACACUUUUAAUCAAUUGCACAGAAAUUGCACUUUUGCCAUAAAACAAAAACAAACGAAAAUUAUGUUUAUUAACCAACUUGAUUGUUGGAACAAAUUACCGAACACAAUUAAAGCUUCUUUCAUUUUCAAUCAACAAUAA